AUGAAGUUCCGCGCGACGCUCGGCGACGUCGGCGCGCGCUGGCUCGAUCGCUUCGCCCCCGUGUUCGACCGGCUCGGCGGCGAGGCGACGCUGCUGCUGACGCCGACGACGGUUCGCGUCGUCCAAAGCUCGCGCGUCGCCGACGGCGUCGCCGCGCACGCCGACUUUCGCGUCGACGAGGUGUUCGAGCGGUGCAGGAUCUCGUCCGCGUGCGACGAUAAGAUCGCGGUGAAGCUCGAGCCGAGCGCGCUGGCGGGGACGGUGCGAGGGAUGAUCGCGCUGGAGGCGACGCGGGCGGAGUGCAGGCUGAUCAAACGGCGACGAAGCGCGGCGAGCGCGAGCGCGCCGUGCGUAAACUUUAAGACGACGGAGGCGAGCGUGGAGGUGGAGCGGGACGUGCCGGUGGUGGGACCGCUGAGGGGGGAGGAGGUCAGGGCGUGCGAGGCGGCGGUGGAGGCGAGCGUGCGGGACGUGGGGUAUUGGUUGGAGUGCGACCGGUUCGCGUUGGAAUCGCUGCGGGAGUGCGUGGAGCGGUUCGCGCGGGUGAGCGAUGUGGUGGAGGUGACGACGACGCGGCAGGGGGGGCUGUACAUGAAUGCGAGCGGGGGGAGCGUGCGAGCGCUCGGGAUGGAGUAUCGCGGUCUGCGCGUGCUGCCGGAGGAGGCGGACGAGUACGACGAGGGCGCGCCCGAGGCGGGGGGGGUGGCGGCGAGAUUAGCGGAGAUUAAGAGCGCGGCGAUCGGGACGAGCGUGACGCUGAGCGUGAAACAUCUUCAGCGCGGGUUUUUGGGGUGCGCGAGCCAUCCGAGCACGCUGUUGUUGGGGAUUUCGCACAACGCGAAUUUCUUCGAGCUCGUGUUUCGGUACGGCGCGCAGACGGAACGCGAGGGCGACAGCGUCGGAUUCAUGGUGCGCAUCCCGGUCGUGGACGCGGCCGAUGGCAUCGAGUGA